AUGACUGUUGCAAUAGCAAAAGAUGAAAAUCUUGCUGUAUACCAGUUUGAAGGGUGCAACAAGGCGUUUUCUAGGCUUGAGAACCUUAAGAUUCACCUCCGGAGUCACACCGGGGAGAAGCCAUAUCUGUGUCAGCAUCCCGGCUGCCAGAAAGCUUUCAGCAACUCCAGCGACCGGGCAAAGCACCAGCGAACACACCUGGAUACUAAACCGUACGCCUGUCAGAUCCCUGGCUGCUCCAAGCGCUACACCGACCCCAGCUCGCUGCGCAAACACGUGAAAGCUCAUUCAGCCAAAGAACAGCAGGUGCGUAAGAAGCUGAAUUCAUGUACUGAUAUUGAACAAGAUGUACUAAGUGAAUGCUUGGCUAUACAACAGCUCCACACAUCUUCACAGCACAUUUUGGAUGGGAAAUGCAGUAGAUCUGUAGGUCAUCAUGAUUUAAUUACAGGUAUGUACAGCGGUUCCAGUGCUACCCAUAACGGUCCCUCACCGGGCGUCCUGCCGCCUCCUCACGACAUCCCUUCCAGACACCAUCCCCUCGAUUCCGCCCUUGCCAGUCCACAUCACCAUCAGUCACCGCUGGAGAGUGCCAGGGAAGGGCUUGCCUCCAACAUCAUCCCUCCGCUCGUCAGCCCGCUCAAAGCGCUCGUGCCCCCGUCCCUGCUGCAGAAACACGGCUCCCCGGCGCCGCACAGCCAGUCGCCCAACGGGCAGCACUUUCCUGCAGUACCAAAUAAACCCUACGCUCCGUUUCAAAACCAGCCUGUACCACAGGGAUCGCAAG